ACUUUGACUCGGAUUCACCUCGUCACUUGCCGUGUCGCAGUGCAACAAUAGCACCACAGUCACUCACCAUGUCAGCCAGACUUCUCUCACCAAGUACAUUCGCCCGCAGCCGAACGCCAAUCCUAGACUUUCUUGCGCCCCGGACCAUCACACCAUGCACAUCGACGUCCCGCCCGCGGCGGCGACUCCAGAGCACCACACCGCACACACCCAGCAACCCCAAUGCGCCGACCCCCGACAGCGCCGCAGCCUCAAACCUCAGCCCUCCAACCAACAACGCAACCGUCACCUCCUCACCACCAAAUCCCUCAAAGCCAAUCCACGAACUCACCAAAGACCAACGCGCCUUCCUCGCCUCCGCCCUGCGCGUUAACCAAACCGGCGAACUCGCCGCCAUCCUGAUCUACGCUGCGCAGUCCCCGCUGCUGGUGCGCUCGCACCCGCACCUGCGCCCGCUGAUGAAGCACAUGUAUGACCAGGAAGCCGGGCACUAUAAAUUCUUCAACGAAGUGCUGUCGAAGCACCGCAUCCGGCCGACAGCCAUGACGCCAAUAUGGACCGCAGCGGCGAGUGUGCUGGGGUGGGGGACUGCGUUCUUGGGCCGCGAGGCCGCGAUGGCUUGUACGGAGGCUGUGGAGACAGAGAUCGGGACGCAUUAUAAUGAGCAGGUCAGAGUGCUGCUUGAUUGGGCGGGGAAGUGUGAGGAGAGGGGGGUGAGUUUGGGGCCGGAGUUGGAUGCAUUGUUGAGUCAGUUGAGGAAGAUUAGGGAUGAGGAGCUGGAACACCUCGAUCAUGCGGUCGAGAACGAUGCGAAGCAGGCGCGGCCGUAUGAGCUGCUGACUGAAGGGAUUAGGGCAGGGUGUCGGGGAGCGAUCUGGGUCAGUGAAAGGGUUUAGUCACGAUAUACAGGAGGUGAUGCUGUACGAUAUGUAUAAGAAUGAUUCGAUGGAGAUGCUAGAUGUAAAUAUCCAAA